AUGACGAAUUCCAACUUCAAGCCAGCAGAGCAGGCCCCUUCUCAAAAAAGAAAGAUCAUCAUCUUCUCUGACUUUGAUGGCACAAUCUGCAUGCAAGAUACAGGACAUGUUCUUGUCGACGCUCACGGCUGCGGCGCAGAAGCCCGCGCUAAAUAUGAAGAGGAGAUCAAAGCCGGUACCCGAGCAUUCCGCGACAUUUCAGAUGAAAUGUGGGGAUCUCUAACCAUUCCCUUCGACGACGGAUUCGUCGUAAUGGAAAAAUCGUUAGACUUGGACCCCGGCUUCAAAGAAUUCCACCAAUACUGCGUUGCAAAUGGAUUCCCUUUCAACGUGAUAAGCGCUGGAUUAAAGCCUGUCCUCCGUCGAGUACUCGAUAAUUUCCUCGGUGAAGCAGAGGUAACUACAUACCCAUCCCAUCCACAAUUCAUUUGCCUCACAAAAUCAUACAUAAAACAAACUCAAAGCGCAAAGCUAACAAACCCCUCCUCAAUCCAGUCCUCCUCAAUCGACAUCGUCGCAAACGACGCAACCUUCAACGAAGACGGAACCUGGAAACCAAUCUGGCGCCAUGACGUAGACGCAGGACACGACAAAGCCCUAUCCGUGAACGAAGCCCGCACAGCUGCCCAAGCAGAAUGCCUCCCCAACGAAAUGCCCCUAAUCAUCUUCAUUGGCGACGGUAUUUCCGAUCUUGCAGCAGCAAGUGAAGCCGAUGUCCUCUUUGCCCGACGUGGACUCCGACUAGAACAAUACUGUCUUGAGAAGGGAAUUAAGUAUACGCCUUUUGAUAGCUUUUCGGAUAUCAAGAAGGAUAUUGAAAAGAUUAGUGCUGAGGAUCAGAAGAAGACGGGUGGUGUGGGUAAGCCUGUGAGAUAUAAUCCAAGAGCGAACCUUUGGAGACGGAUUUCGAGUAAAGAGGCUGUGCCGACGCUUAUGGCUGCUGCUACGCCUUCGAAUGAGGAGAAGAUGUUUCUUUGGCCGGAGACUUUUUCGGAGCCUCAGGCGAGGGAUGCUGUGCCGAAGACUAUUGAUGAGGGGGUGGAGGAGCCUGUUGGUGUUUGA